AUGUGCCUGGUAUUAUUUGCCACUGUUGCUGCUGCGUUCCCAAGUAAUGUAGAUACGCUUGUCAAACAUUACGGUGAGAUGUAUUUGAAGGAUGGAAUUGUUCCUCAAGUGGCAAAGACACAUGCUUUCAUGAAGGAGGGCAAGGUACACAUGCAUGUUGACCUUCUCGGUAUUACACACGAGUUUCUACUCGAACCCACAUCCGUUUUCAGCCAAGACUUAAUCAUCUCAAUUGUCAAAGGUGGUGGUGUCGUGGAGAAUCUAGCCCCGCCCAAGCAGUACAGUUAUCAUGUAGUAGAUGAGCGAAACGCUGAUGUAUCUGGAACAGCUAUCGUGCAUGAUAAUGGAUUCAACAAGGAUCGCAUCGAUAUACUAUGGGAGACUAUGUUUAGUACUGAACGGUCGUCGGCCAGUGCGAACCGCCGGACGAGUUCAGAAACGGACACAGACGAGACCACAGAUGCGCAUAAUAACCCUCACACACACAGUGGGGAGCGUGUAGGUCAAACCGAGCACAAGCCCACACCCUCCGGUCAAGUACCGAACUUUCCGUCAAUCGUAUCGAGCUCACCCGCUGUAAUACCGUGUGUGCGAGCAUCUCGACACACCCAUACAUACAGGGACAAGGAUACGAAUGUACUACCUAGUAGACACGCCUAUAAAAGUACACCUACACACACACAAACAGAUACUGGUACACCAAAGAGUGAGCAGGCCUGUACGUAUACACAGCGAAACAUACAUCUGCACCGCUACUCGGGGGACGAUGGCGUGCGACACACCCCCGACAACAACAUGGGGGUGUACGAUAACACCACGGGUCCAUACGACAAUCAAACCAGUGCAUACGACAAUCAGACCAGUGCAUACGACAAUCAGGCCUGUGCAUACAACAAUCAGACCAGUGCAUACGACAAUCAGACCAGGGCGCCAGGGGAGAGGGAUGUUGAUAGGGGGUCGGAGCUAUUCUAUUCUGUGAGGGGGUUAGAUAACGCGUGUUCCGAGGUAUUAGAGAGUGUGGCGCUGGAGACUGUUACUAUUAACGACACCCUGCGUGUACAGUCUGUAGUGCUGGAUAUGGAUCCUAGCCUGCCGUUAAGGCGUGCGAAAGUCAAGGAUGAAUGUCAAAAAUGUCGUAAGUUGUCAUGA